UCUGAAGUUUACCUCACUAUCAGCAACUCUCUCAUACCGGAGGAAAGGCUUCAGCCAACCCCGUCUAUGCUCGAUGGCCUCGACCUGAACACGGAGACCGACCUCCGUAUCCUGGGUUGCGAGCUAAUUCAAUCGGCUGGUAUUCUUCUACGAUUGCCACAGGUGGCAAUGGCUACGGGUCAAGUUCUUUUUCAUCGUUUUUUCUACUCUAAAUCGUUUGUCAAACACAGUUUUGAGAUUGUUGCUAUGGCCUGUGUCAACUUGGCUUCCAAGAUCGAGGAAGCACCAAGACGAUUCAGAGACGUCAUCAAUGUUUUUCACCAUUUAAAACAGAGUCAUAGAGGCAAAAGCAGGAGUGCAAGUUCAUUGAUUCUUGAUCAGAACUACAUUAAUACCAAAAACCAAGUGAUCAAAGCUGAGCGGAGAAUCCUGAAGGAGCUGGGCUUCUGRGUACACGUCAAGCAUCCGCACAAGAUCAUCGUCAUGUACCUGCAAGUCCUGGAAUGUGAGAAGAACCAGACUCUGGUCCAGACCGCCUGGAACUACAUGAAUGACAGCCUUAGGACCAACGUGUUUGUGAGGUUCCAAGCUGAAACCAUCGCGUGUGCCUGCAUCUACCUGGCUGCCAGAGCUCUCCAGAUGCCUCUCCCAUCCAGACCUCACUGGUAUCUGCUGUUUGGAGCCACGGAGGAGGAGAUAAAGGAUAUCUGUAUCACCACCCUCAAACUCUACACCAGGAAGAAGCCGGACUAUGACCACCUGGAGAAGGAAGUGGAGAAGAGGAAGAUGUCUAUGCAGGAGGCCAAGCUGAAGGCUAAAGGGUUGAACCCUGAUGGGACCCCAGCUCUGUCCAACCUUGGGGGCUUCUCUCCUGGAUCCAAACCCUGUGAGUUUACCUUACCGGAGUUGUUCAUUUAAACCCUGUGAGUUUACCUUACCGUAGUUGUUCA